UCGGUGUGCGCACGGCGUUCCCCGCGAAGACAUGAACUUGCCGAGCUGGGCUUGAAGGCGGAGGCAGGAGGAUCGCUGCGAGUUCGCGCCCAACCUGGGCUACACGGCGGUCCUGGGCGUGCAGCUGGUGGUGACCCUCUUCACAGCCACCCUCAUGCACAGGCUGGCUCCGCACUGCUCCUUUGCACGCUGGCUGCUCUGCAAUGGCAGUCUCUUCCGAUAUAAGCACCCGUCAGAAGAGGAGCUUCGGGCACUGGCGGGGAGACAGAGGCCCCGAGGCCGGCGGGAGCGGUGGCCCAACGGCCCCAGUGAGGAGAAGCCUUUGCUGGUGCCCCGAGACGCCCCGUUCCACCUGGAGACCUGUCCCCUCACCCCAGUGGACGCCCUAGUCUUGCGAUUCUUCCUGGAGUACCAGUGGUUCGUGGACUUCGCGGUGUACGCAGGCGGCGUGUACCUCUUCACUGAGGCCUACUUCUACCUGCUGGGCCCCCAGGAGGCCAACAUCGCCGUGUUCUGGUGUCUGCUCACUGUGGCCUUCUCCAUCAAGGUGUUCGUGACAGUGACCCGGCUGUACUUCGGCGUGCAGGGCGGCGAGCAUGCCGUGUGCUGCGCCUCUGCCUUCCUCUUCCUCCUCCUGGCCAUGCUGGUGCAGGUGGUGCGGGAGGACGUGCUGGAGCUGGGCCUGGAGCCAGGCCUGGCCAGCGUGACCGAGAACCUGGAACCGCUCCUGAAGCAGCAGGGCUGGGACUGGGCGCUCCCUGUGGCCACACUGGCCAUCCGCGUGGGGCUGGCAGUGGUGGGCUCCGUGCUGGGCGCCUUCCUCACCUUCCCCGGCCUGCGGCUGGCCCAGACCCACCGCGACGCACUGACCAGGGCGGAGGACCAGCCCCUGCUCCAGCUCUUCCUGCACACCAGCUUCCUGUCUCCGCUCUUCGUCCUGUGGCUCUGGACCAAGCCCAUCGCGCGGGACUUCCUCCGCCAGGCGCCCUCCGGGGCAUCGUCCUUGGGCCUGCUGUCAGACUCGGCCUUCGACUCGCUGCGCCUCUGGGUGCUGGUGGCGCUGUGCCUGCUGCGGCUGGCGCUGACCCGGCCCCACCUGCAGGCCUACCUGUGCCUGGCCAAGGCGCGCGUGGAGCAGCUGCGCAAGGAGGCUGGCCACGUGGAGGCGCGCGAGAUCCAGCAGCGGGUGGUCCGGGUCUACUGCUACGUGGCGGUGGUGAGCCUGCAGUACCUGACGCCGCUCAUCCUCAUGCUCAACUGCACGCUGCUGCUCAAGUGGCUGGGCUGCUACUCGUGGGGACUGGGCCCGGCACCCCCGCUGUCGGUGGCCCCGUCCUCAGCCAGUGCUGGCUCCGUGGGCCCCGGGGAGGAUGAGGUACAGCGCAUCGUGGCCGGCGUUGCAGCGGCCCUGCGCGGCCUGGCCACACCCCUGCUGCUGCGCGGCGUCCUGGCCUUCUUCAUCUGGUGGACGGCCGCCUGCCAGCUCGUCUCCAGCCUCUUCGGCCUCUACUUCCACCAGCACCUGGCAGCCUGCUAGCCCGCCCCCAGCCCCUGGCUGUGAGGCCUGGUCCGGCCGACGCAGCAGGCCGCUUCUCCGUGGGCCUCGGCGUCCCCAGCUCCUCCGCAGUGCACAGGUCGCGGACACUGGCGAGCCCCGCGAGGCUGGCCCCCCAGGCCCGGGGAAGGAGGGUCCGAGCUCUUGUCCCCAGGGGGGUGUGCAACACCUGAGCGGCAGCUGCUCCUGGGAAUAAAGGAGCCGCCACCACCGGGUGUGAAGGGGAUCCCCGUGGCGGGGUUUGUGUCCGAGCCCAGGAAGAAGAGCCCGGGCAGAAGUCAUUUAGGUUUUUAUUAAAUAUACUCUCUUGGCACAAA